AUGGUUCGUUUCCAGGAUCACAGAAUCAGCAAGCCGGUCCCUUCUCGUUUCCGCAGCAGGAACAUGAGCAACUCCGCCAGAACCACAAACAUUAAUACAAAAGUCAGCAUAUUCGCCCAUACCCACUUCUCUCCCACCGAGCCCAGUCGCUCUGUGGACGACCUCAUGGAAAUAUCCAUCCACACAGAGCGCAGAGACUCGCCGGCUCUUAUGGUGGCCUCUCUCAACUCCGCCGCUGAUGAUUGGGAGUGCAAGGACUGCAGCUGGAAACUGCGCAUGCUCGCAGGCAAGUUUAACUUGAAGUUUCAUGCAAAGCGCAAUGAAGGACCGACUUCAUCCCCAGCUGCAUAUGAGACGCUAGAUCUUGGAUCACUUGCUAUAGAUUCACCACCAACACCCCCAAGUUCUGAUUCUUCUCGAUCGUCGAGUCCUCUUCCUGACGAGAUUGUAAGUCUCAAACAUCAAACGCUAACAAACGACGCAGGCGAAGGCCAGCCCUUCUACGGAGUCCACCAAGCCCAUCUCGACCUCAGUCUCGGCGAGUCGGUCACGGUUCACAUGCGUCCAACAGAUCUCAAGCGCAACCGCUACGAGCUCAAACCCGGCACCAUCAUCUCUGCGCCUUUCCACAGCCAGUACCGCGAUAGCACAGUCUCGACGAGCAACUACAACACAGCCGUCUCUGGCUUUGGCGCCGUCUACUCCAAGUACCGCAAGAUGGUCAUCAUCGAGACCUGGGCAGACCACGUCGUCUGUCUUCCAAUGUACAGCUACAACGGCCGAGGCCUCGAGAAUCGUCAAGGCAUGCUGGACGAGUACAUCGACAUCCGUGAUGCUGACGAAGAGUAUCACGAGCCGAGUGAUACACCCCUCGAACCGCUGCUAGCUACUCGUGGUAAGGAGUGGGCUGGUAAAAACACCUUCAUCUCAGGCAGGACGGUGAUCAAGCUGACUGAGAAGACCACUCACAGCAUGUUCCAGAAGUGCUCCAUCGAGGGCAGAAUCGAGAGCAAGCACUUUCGACGAUUGUACAGGCUUUACUAUGAUUUAGUGCAGAGAAAAGUGCUGGAAUUCUUUGGUAAGCCCAUCGACUCCAUGGUCAUCAUCCCAAACUAG